AUGAAGCUACCACUUGCAUACAUCUCCUCUCGAAGUGCACCAAAUGGCGGGUCGGAUAGAAUGGACACCGUCAGGAUUGUGUCAUGGACCGCUCUUGUCAUCACAGUCAUCGUCUUUGGCGCACGCCAGAUCAUGAAAAUCAUCGUUUUUCGCACAGUCACGAUCGAUGACCUUUUCAUGUUCCUAGCAUUCUCAUUCGGUAUCGGCCUCUCAGCAACAGCUAUCGUUCUAUCAUUCGAGGGCCUCGGCACCGCCGGCCCUUUGAUGCUCGAUCAGAUCGACCUGCUCACCAAAGGCUAUUACGCGUCCGAGAUCUUGUAUGUCGCAGCUAUUGGCCUCGCGAAAUUGUCAAUUUUGGUUUUGUUCUACAAUGUUGUUGCAAUGCAGCGUACCAUCCGCCGAAUCGUCAUGGCCUUUGGUAUUCUGGUGUCAGCUUGGACGAUAGCAUCGGUUAUGGCGAUCGCAUUUCAGUGCGAUCUUCCUCGACCAUGGGACAUCACAAGUCAAAAAUGCUCUAACAUGCAUAUUUUCUGGAUCGUCUAUUGCAUAUUCGAUAUGUCAACCGAGGUCGCCAUCAUCAUGCUAUCAGUAUACCUUGUGGCAUAUCUUCAAGUACGACUUUCCAGGAAGUUUGCCAUCUUCGCAUGCUUUGCGCCACGCAUGCUUGUGCUGAGUGCGGCGCUCGUUCGCCUCAUCCUGCUGUAUCCAGUCGCACCCUACGACGAUCCUCGAUACCGGCUUUGGGAACCAGCAAUCAUGUCGCAAGUUCAGGUGUGCCUUGGCAUCGCUACUGCAAGCAUUCCGUACAUGAUUCCUUUAUUCAAAGGACUGGACAGUGACUUGCGAAAGAGUCACCUUGUGAAGAACCGGCUUCACUUCAUAGAUGAGGAAGCGGGACGAUCAAAGUCAUCGCUGUGGUUUCGCCGACAUAGCAAGAGGAAAUCCCUAGAUCUUUGGGAUUCUUCUGCAGAAGCAGGUGUCCAAUACCAUCAUCUAUCGCAAGUCUCGCCUUAUCCUUCUACUUCAAGACCUCUUUCGCCCUUACCACCUCCGAGACCGCAUACACCGCUGGGUAGACAAGCCAGCGUACGCGGCCUGAAUAUUUAUAUACCAUGUCGAGAUCCUCAACGGCAACGAAGUUUGGAUUGGGCAAGUCCACGAACAGAGAGCUCAGGCGCACUGUCACCAUCGUGCACAUCGCCGCAAGCUUUGCUCUUGCAAUCAUUCAUUCCUUCCAGGAAGGCACCCAGCCCACCGUCAAGAAUUCAUAGCCCCAUGCCGACUUCUCCAAGCUCGUGCUAUUCCAGUCGCACUCCUACACCGGCCUUGACCGCACCGUACACACAACGCCUUUCGCUAUUUCCGCUUGAUGGCUCCUCUUCUAACUCAUCGCAACCCAAGAAAAGCCCAUAUCUGACUUCUAUCAUACCACCUAUUCGAUCCAUGCAGUCGCAAACAGCACCCAGGAUCAUAGAGUCGCCAGAGCUGUCAUUGUCUAGAAGCCCUUCCGGACCUGGGUCGCUGCUGGUACGGUCGUCCAGUCGUGCACAACCCCCAAAAUUUAGUAUUACAACGCAUCUUGAGACACCACCGCCAAUGGACGCAUAUGAGGGGAGAGGUUUUAGACCAGGUUCCAUACAAGAUCUAACGUCUCCCAUGGGUGCAGCCAUCAAUGGAUGGUUCAGCAGUGCGAAAACAAAAUACUCCUCGCCUUUGUCUUCACCCAUAAACGCUUCGCCAAAUUGUCAAUCGGUGGUCGAAAACUAUGAGUUGUCAUCGAUGCGCUCGAUUGAUACACCGAGAUCACCUCCUCCAAGUCUUCUACGCUCACAUGCUCGAGUAGACAUUGCACAAGAUGCGCCUAACUCGCCUAACGACACACCACUUGGCACGCAGAAUCCUAGAUGGCAAACGAUUCCUUCUGUACAUGACGUCCGACACAGUCCAAGGAUUGUCUUUCAACAUCCUUCAUAG